AUGGACCUCAGGACAGACAGUGAUGUGACCCCUGCUGUCAUGAAUCCUCUCUCACAGCCACGCUCUGCUCCUUUGGCAGAAGCAAUAUGCUGGGCCAUAUCAGACAUGAAUGCAGAUCAUGUGGUGGUCACUCAGGAAACUUUAAUGGAGCAGUUAGUGAAAAAUUAUCCAGGCAUUGCAGUGCCCUCCCACAAUGUAUUAUAUAAUAUCCUUGGCACUCUAAUUAAGGAAAGAAAAAUCUAUCAUACAGGAGAAGGAUAUUUCAUUGUGACUCCCAACACUUAUUUUAUCACCAAUGAUGGCACAGAAGACAACAGAAGGUUCCUGUUGGAGGACAGUUGUUGCUGUUCAUCAUCUUCCAUCACUGACCUGGUAAACAUUAAGGCCUGUGCAGACCUAGUGAAAGAAAGCAUUCCUACAGUACCCUUUUACAGAUCCUGCCAUUGCUUCCCUGACCAAAAUAUGCUCUGUGAACAAAGGCAAGGGCAGGUGAUGAACCAUGGAUCUAAUGCAGAGGGACAGAGAGGCUGCAGUGAAUUGAAGCCUUCAAUUCAAACUCAAGGCAUCUCUGCAUCUGCUGAGAACCAUUCCUGGGACACCAUCAAAUCCUUGACAUCUGUGAAAGCAAAACUGAAAAGCAAAAUCUUUGGCCUUGGCCUUUUCUGGAGAAGUGGCUCUAAGAAACAAAAACACAAGAAGGAGUACUCCACUUUUUCAGGCCAGUUUCCUCCCCAGGAGUGGCCAGUCAGGGAUGAAGAUGACUUGAACAACAUUCCACGUGAUAUUGAACAUGAAAUCAUCAAGCGUAUCAACCCCACUCUUACAGUUGAUAAUUUGAUUAAACACACAAUAUUAAUGCAGAAGUUUGAGGAGCAGAAAAAAUGUAGCAGUAAAGAGAAGAAAUACAUCAGUAAUGGUACCUUGGCUGAAGUGCCAACACUCAGGCAAAGCCAUCUUUCAAAGGAUUGUAUUCAAAGGGCACCAAGCAAAACAGCAAAACACACCAGGAAGAACAAAUCCAAGAGGGAAAAGCAGGUGAGCAGGAGCAGCAGGAAAUCUCACAGACAGAAGCAAACAUGCCAAAAUGUGAAACUGGAAGAGAGCUUUUCACUGCCCAUCAAAACCCAAGGGCCACCUGCUGCAGCACUGGAAUCCCAGGUGAUAUACAAGAAGCAGAUCAGGAAUCCUUUCCAGGGUCUGCCAUGGAGACCUCGAAGCUUUCCUGCCAGAGGGCACCAAGGUGGUGCUAACAGCCAGCUGAAGAGCCAGACUCAAAAGGGAGGAAAGGUUUUCCAAAGGCCACAGCCCUUGGCCUCCUCAGGACCCUUCGGCUGUGAAACUGAAAGGCUGGGGGCAGAAAGUGAGGCUGGCAAAGCUAAGCCAAACAACCUACUCCACGCUAAUAGGUCUGACCUUCAACUAAAGAAAGACAGUCUCAGUGAAAAUGGUAGUUAUCCACAAGGCAGUAAUCUGCAAAUAGAUAACAGAAGUAGAUACUUCCUGGAGAGUAAUAUUUCUGAAGAAAAUGUCUACAAAAGAGCAGUAAAAAAAAAAUCCCCUUGCUCCCUCGUUGAAGAUAAUGGUGUGUGCCAAGAGGAUGCAAAAUUUCCAUCCUACCUGAAAGAUGAGCAUUGCAGAUGCAAAGCAGACACUGUAUGUGAGCUCUUAGAUCAACCAGCCAGUGACUUUCAAAAUGUCCACCUUUCAAAUUACACAGCCAGUGUUAAUCUCACCCCAAAAAAUGGUGUGAAAUGCAGACCAAAGACUGAUAAAAAGAAUGAGCUUAUAUUUAACCAUGAGUGUGCCAGCCAUCCUGGAUCAAGGGAGCUGGAAAGGGAAGGGUUUAUUGCUAACUCCCUUCUUCUGUACCAAAAGGGACAUGAUGGUGACACCUGUCCCUUGUCACACCUGGAUGAGAAUUCUGAACAGCUGGCCCCUGGCCAUGCCUUGUCAGCCACAGGAGACUGGAGCACAGCUGUGUCCCUAAAAGCCUCUGAGAACUUCACCCCGGAGGUGGGAGGAAGAGCAGCACGCUGUGCUUUGGGCUCAGGGAUCAAAGGAGUGAGGAACCCCCCAGGACAAAAAGAGCACUUUGUAAAGAGUACAUGUCCUGAGAGCCCAGAACAGAAACACCCAGAAGGGACAGAAAACCACAGCAUCACAGGAGACAGUGGAAUUGACUCCCCAAGGUGGACUGAAAAGAAGAUGAACCUUCCUGCCAAAUUCUAA